AAAUGAAGAAAAUCAGGAGACUGACAUCUCGGUUUCUGCUGGGGGAGGGACCAUAAUAACCAUUCAAGCUUUACCUUUGCCACAUCUCUCAGCCAGCUCCGUAUCUUCAACUCAAUCCAAAUGCGGUUUGUGUCUUUGUUUCCCAAUUCCCUUUCUCCUUUUUGGUAAGUCUUCAAGCUUUCUCUAUUCUGGGUUCACCUUCAGUUCUUGCAAUUCUAAAAAUUUUUAUCAGAUGUACUGAGUUUCAACUACCCACUUCAAGUUUUCUCUUUUAAUUCAUGUUCAUGGGGCUCGUCUGAUUUCAAAGUUCUGUACUUAGAAGAAAUUGUGGUGAAAGUAGUUUGAGUUUGGGGGUUAACAGGGAACCCUUAUUGGAAAUCUUCUGGAAAUCAAUGGAUACUUUACUCAAAACACAUAACAAACUUGUGUUCUUGCCCCAGCCUCAUGGGGCUUCAGAGAAACUGAGUAAUUUAAGCUCUCCCAAAAGUCAGGAGCUUAAGUUUGGUCCUAGGAAGACUUUCUUGAGAAGGGGUAGGAAUGGUUGUGUUAGGGCCAGUAGUAGUACCCUUUUGGAACUUGUUCCAGAAACCAAGAAGGAAAAUCUGGACUUUGAGCUGCCUGUGUAUGACCCAUCUAAAGGGCUUGUAGUGGAUUUAGCUGUAGUGGGAGGUGGCCCGGCAGGGCUUGCUGUUGCUCAGCAGGUUUCCGAGGUAGGGCUUUCGGUAUGUACAAUAGACCCCUUUCCUAAAUUGAUUUGGCCGAAUAACUAUGGUGUUUGGGUGGAUGAAUUUGAGGCUAUGGAUUUGCUUGAUUGUCUCGAUACAACAUGGUCGGGUGCUGUUGUGUAUAUAGAUGACAAAACAAAGAAGGAUCUUGAUAGACCUUAUGGGAGGGUUAAUAGGAAGCAGCUCAAGUCCAAAAUGUUGCAAAAAUGUGUAUCAAAUGGUGUCAACUUUCAUCAGGCUAAGGUUGUGAAGGUUAUCCAUGAGGAGUCCAAAUCUCUUUUAAUUUGCAGUGAUGGUGUGACAAUUGAGGCUACAUUGGUUCUCGAUGCAACAGGAUUUUCCAGGUGUCUUGUUCAGUAUGAUAAGCCCUAUAAUCCUGGGUAUCAAGUGGCUUAUGGAAUUCUGGCUGAGGUUGAAGAACACCCAUUUGAUGUGGAUAAGAUGGUUUUUAUGGAUUGGCGAGAUUCACAUCUCAUCAACAAUACAGAGCUGAAGACUAGAAAUUCGAGGAUCCCCACAUUUCUAUAUGCAAUGCCCUUUUCCUCAAACAGAAUAUUUCUUGAAGAGACUUCCUUGGUUGCCCGACCUGGAGUACCCAUAAAGGAUAUCCAGGAAAGAAUGGUGGCCAGACUAAGGCACUUAGGAAUAAAUGUUAAAAGUAUUGAAGAGGAUGAGCACUGUGUCAUUCCAAUGGGUGGCCCUCUUCCUGUGCUUCCCCAAAGAGUUGUGGGAAUUGGUGGUACAGCGGGUAUGGUGCAUCCUUCUACUGGAUACAUGGUAGCAAGGACACUGGCAGCGGCCCCAAUUGUUGCAAAUGCCAUUGUUCGGUACCUUGGUGCUGAAAGGAGGCUUUCUGGAAAUGAUUUGGCUGCAGAAGUUUGGAAAGAUUUAUGGCCUAUACAAAGGAGGAGACAGAGGGAAUUCUUCUGUUUUGGCAUGGAUAUUCUGCUCAAGCUAGAUUUACAAGCAACGAGAAGGUUUUUUGAUGCAUUUUUUGAUCUGCAACCCCAUUACUGGCAUGGUUUCUUGUCAUCUAGACUGUUCCUUCCUGAGCUGAUAGUUUUUGGGCUUGCUUUGUUCUCUCAUGCUUCUAAUACUUCUAGGAUUGAGAUUAUGGCCAAGGGAACUCUUCCUCUGGUUAACAUGAUCAACAACUUAAUACAGGAUAGAGAUUAAUAUGAUCAGGAGUUGGAGAUCAGUUAGCUAUGUCUGAGAGGCAGGUUAAAGUUUGCGUGAUAACUAAGGUCUAAACAACAGUGAACACAAGAAACAGCAGGGCACCGGGGUAAGUCAUAAUGUUCCAGGGGCGGCCAAAAAUAGAUAUCAUAGGCUUGAGCCACAGAGUUGGCCGAGCUGUUCAGGUGUCCUGUUCUUUCACUUCCCUGACUCUGAGUGUGCCUCAGGAUGGAGAUAUGCUGGAGAUAUAUAGCUUUCAAGACAUUUGAAACUCGACAUCACUGCAUGCAUAAAAUAUAUGACAUAUCUUACGGUCUGGCAUUUCCUUUAGGUAGUCUAUGGGUUUUUUUUUUUUUUUUGGUACAUUGUAGUCUAUGGUUUUUUUUGGGAAAUAGUAUUUAUCUGCUGGACCUAAUAAAAAAUAGGAGAAAAA